GGGACUUUUAAUUACUGUGAGUCUAUCUUCAAGCAGUUACACCUCUCUGGUUUGCAGGCAGCUAAAAGGCGAUUACUUUGGAAGGAAAUUGUAUAGUCGUCGUAACAAAACAAGGAAAGUGUCUACCCAUGGCUCAAUCAUCAGUGCCUGCUCAAGCUUAUAGUGUUGUGACUGCUGAACAAGUGGCCCAGAUUGUUCUGAAAGUAUCCGACGAUUGGGACAUGCUGGGUGCGCUUCUUGAUCCUUACCUCAUCAGCGUAGCACUAACAAAGGAAAUCUAUGAUUCAUGGCCCACUCAAGAGGAUCGCGCAAAAGUAAUGAUGGAUAAGUGGAUGAAGCAUCAUGGAAACUAUGCCACUCAGCGUAAGGUCAUCUCAGUUCUUUGUGACAUGACCAGACGACACCACGCGAUCGAAAUAUUUGGAGAAGAUCUUGUCCAGUUUGUGAAGCCUAAAAGUAGUCCAGGGUCGGGUGAAUUCGACGAGGAGGCACUGGUUUUGACACAUGGCGCGGACGCUGUGAUAGACGCUAUUUUGGACACUGUGUCUCGCCAUUUCUGGGAAAUUGGAAUUAAAGCUGGCCUUACCGCGGAUGCCAUUACUAAUGUUACUGGUAACAUCACUGUUACUAGAAGCAAGAUGUUUGCUAUCAUCUCCGAACUCAGUGGCGCCCACGGCAAGGACAAGGCUGUCGUCAUGGUUCUGCAGGCGUGUCGCCAGCUGAAGGCCAUCGGUGGUAUCGUUGACCGCUUGUCUUAGCGCACGCAAUAUCGAAUGUUUUUAGGUCUAGACAAUUUGCGCUGCGAUCAGCCGUAAAAUAUCUUUGCUGGAGGCAGCUGUAUUGCACGCUGAAUUAUUACCUUUUUUAUUUCGUAUCUUGCCGGUUGGUGCUUGAUCUUACAUUCUAGUGCUGGUUGUUCAAACAAUAUUCUAGCUUUACAGUAACUCCGUGCACAUGAGUAUAUUUCUAGGAAGCUAGAACGUAUAGCAAGAAAAUCAAGAAAUUAUGCGUGACAUGAGAGCACAUCUA